CUCCCUCUUCCCGGCUCUAGCGCGGCCACCAGGUCCGGCCUCGCCUCCCCCUCCCAGAACCCCCAUCCCAAGAGUGAAGGCCACCCGAGGGCCCCUCUACUGCCUCCCCAGUCCAGCUGCACAGCCAGAACAACAGCCCCGGGGGGAGUACCUUUCCAGCCUGCCUCCCUCCGGCUCAGCCCUGCCAGAGCCCCCCCAGCCAUGAAUCUCUUCCGAUUCCUGGGAGACCUCUCCCACCUCCUAGCCAUCAUCUUGCUACUGCUUAAAAUCUGGAAGUCCCGCUCGUGUGCCGGGAUUUCAGGGAAGAGCCAGGUCCUGUUUGCUGUGGUGUUCACCGCUCGCUACCUGGACCUCUUCACCAACUACAUCUCACUCUACAACACAUGCAUGAAGGUGGUCUACAUAGCCUGCUCCUUCACCACAGUCUGGAUGAUUUACAGCAAGUUCAAAGCCACUUAUGAUGGGAACCACGACACGUUCCGGGUGGAGUUCCUCGUUGUUCCCACGGCUAUCCUGGCGUUCCUUGUCAACCAUGACUUCACCCCUCUAGAGAUCCUCUGGACCUUCUCCAUUUACCUGGAGUCAGUGGCCAUCUUGCCACAGCUGUUCAUGGUGAGCAAGACCGGCGAGGCAGAGACCAUCACCAGCCAUUACUUGUUUGCGCUGGGCGUCUACCGAACGCUCUAUCUCUUCAAUUGGAUCUGGCGCUACCACUUUGAGGGCUUCUUUGACCUCAUCGCCAUCGUGGCAGGCCUGGUCCAGACAGUCCUCUACUGCGAUUUCUUCUACCUCUACAUCACCAAAGUCCUAAAGGGGAAGAAGUUGAGUUUGCCGGCAUAGCCCCAGUCCUGGCCAUCCUUCUUCUCUGCAGCAGCGGGAGGCAGAGGAAGGCAACAAGAGACGAAGAGCCUUCCCAUCCAGGGGUGACUUUUUUAAGAGCUAACUCCCUGCUCCCCAUUCCUCCUCCUGCUGGGUUUCGGGGGGGGCGGUGGAGGACUAAAGUCUUGGGGAGCUCAGGACCUGGGAUGUUUGUAAUUUUUUGCCUUAUCGAGAAGAAAAAAAAUCUUUCCACUA